AUGGCCGCAAAAGAAAUACGUGUACUUCUUGGGUUAAAGGGCAAACCUUGUCCGAGAAAGAAGGACCGAUCGGAAAAAGAAGAUCGAGGUAAUUUCUUAUACAUUUCACUGUAUUUCCGACGGGAAAUACAUCGUAAAAUCGAGAUUAUCGUAAAAUCCAAGUUCCACUGUAUCAGGAUUGAUAAAAGUUUGUUUACUGCAGCGAGAAACUGCCUCGAUGUGCUGAAAGUUGGAGGAAAAAGCAACGGUUUGUACACAGUGAAGCCAUCAGCGGACGGCGAUGCGUUCAAGGUGUACUGUGACCAGGCCACAGAUGGCGGCGGAUGGACCGUGUUCCAGAAGAGACAAGACGGGUCCGUGGACUUCUAUCUCGGGUGGGCUGACUACAAGCGCGGCUUCGGCGACAUGACGGGAGAGUUCUGGCUUGGACUUGACAAGAUCCACCUUCUGACCAAUCAGACUAAUACCACAGUUCGUAUUGACUUGAUGGACUGGACUGGUGCUACUGGAUAUGCCGUUUACGAUCACUUUGCCGUGUCUGCAGAGAACAGAAACUAUGAACUGACGCUUGGAUCUUACUCAGGCACAGCUGGUGACUCGUUCUCUCACCACGUAGGAAUGGCAUUCACCACAAAGGACCAAGACCAUGACAAGAAGGCAGAUGAUAAUUGUGCAGUACUCAUGACGUCUGCGUGGUGGUAUAAUUCGUGUAGGCACAGUGAUCUGAACGGGAAUUACCGUCAAGGAGAAGAUCCUCUAGAUUAUAACGGUAUAAUCUGGUAUACAUGGAAGGGCCACCGUUAUUCCAUGAAGCGAUCCGAAAUGAAAAUCAGGUCAGCCGACUACGUACCCUAAGCAACCUCAACCAUCACAUAAUGCGACGCAUGUUACUGUGGCCACUUUGACAGUUUUGUGAAGUAUUAGCCAAUAAGGAUACGAGAAUAGCGCAUCAACCUCACUAACCCAACAACUAAAACAGGACCAAAUAUUGAAACAAAAUCAACAAGUGUUCCCUUGGCAGUGAGUCUUGCAGUGAUGGAAGUGUUUUUGUUCCUCUAGCCAUAAUCGAUAGUUUCGUUAUACAUGCCCUUACUUGGAGAUCUCAAUAGAGCCUUCAAUCUCUGUAAUCAAUUGUUCUUUAUCCAUUAAAUUUCGCGAGAUUAAAGUUCGCGGUCUUUAUUUUUCGCUAGUCUUUGAUUUCGCGAAUUUUUUCAAAUCGCGAAUUCAAUUACGCGCGAAAAUAAAGCAGAAUAUGGUAUUCGUGAAUGACUAUAUAUGACUUACCAUCAGUUUGGUUGUCUUUUUUAUUGAAACUGCAAUCGAAAGUCGCUUUUUAAUUUGUAGUUAUUACAUUAAGCAGCGUUUAUGUGUUAUUACAUUAAGCGUCAAGUCCGUUAUUACAUUAAAGGUUGAAAAUAUAUUACAUUUUAAGCGUUAGCUGUUUUAUUA